AAUAUAACGGCUGGUUCAAAUGUUCACGAACUCGGAGUCAUUUUAAUUAAACAGGCUUUCGGGUUUUUUAUUUUUUUUUUUUUAUUUCAAGUCUUCUGGUACCGUUUGUGUUACAAAGAGCCCACCAACAAAUAAUAACAACCAUGCUUCUGUCUUUCGAAGUUCUUUAAAAAAUGUCAUUAUAUUAUUAAAUAAUAUCUUCUUUUUAGUAUCACUGGCGAUACUGCAAGAUGUAUAAUGAUUGUACGUGGUACAGCGUUGAUGUGUAACCCUUUUACGCUGUAAUUGUUGCCACUCGGAUGAUUUGGGGAAGCACUUAAGUACUCGCCUUUUACAUGAUUACGUUUGACCUUCUCACGGUACCGUAGUUUCAUUUUGGUCUUCGUAAGCCCUUCUAAAAUCCUGCUGUUUACUGUGUUUGGUUUGAAUUGCAGUUACACGCCGGCUGGUUUGCAUAUUGUCUUGCAGCUAUACGCACUCUUAGUUGGUGAUCGAUCUUUUCCAGCGUUGCUCGUGUAACACCGCGGAAGUGACACUGUGUCCCACCGCUUCUCGGUUGUACUCGGCUUUGCAAAGGAAACUACAGAAAGCGAUGGCGGCUGCAGAAUCACAGAGGUGCAAGUUUUUAAUCGUUGGUGGAGGCAUCGCAGGGGUCACAUGCGCUGAGCAGCUUGCCUCCCAGUUUCCAUCUGAUGAAAUCAUCCUACUCACUGCGUCCCCUCUAAUUAAAGCUGUAACGCAUUUCAAACAGGUCUCUAAAGUUCUAGAAGAUUUUGAUGUGGAAGAGCAGCCCCACAGUUUCUUGGAAGAGAGGAACCCGAACGUCCGAGUGAUCCAGUCUGCAGUGAAGGCACUGGCAGCAAACCAGCACACAGUAUGCACCGAAGAUGGGAGACGUUAUGUAUAUGAGAAGUUGUGCAUAUGUGCAGGAGGGAGACCCAAGUUGAUCACCCACGGCAACCCUCACGUGCUUGGAAUCCGUGACACAGACAGUGCACAGGUGUUUCAGAAACGUUUGUCCAGCGCCAGGAGAAUUGCCUUGGUGGGGAAUGGAGGAAUAGCUCUGGAGCUUGUGUAUGAAAUAGAGGGCUGUGAAGUGAUCUGGGCUGUAAAGGAUAAAGCCAUGGGAAACACAUUCUUUGAUGCUGGAGCAGCUCAGUUUUUAGUUCCUCAGUUGGAAUCUGCGAAGCCGAAGCCCCCAGCAACUUGUAAAAGGACUAAAUACACCACCGAAGCUUUCUUUGUUCUAGGUCCCAAACAUCAGGAACAAAGUGCUGCUGAAGGGGGAGAGCUUGGCAGCGCCCUGGGGCCCGAUUGGCAUGAAGGAAUGAAACUCAAAGGGACUAAAGAGGUUUUGCACAAAGUCCACUUUGAGUACCAGUGUGAAAUCAGUCAAAUAUACCAACCGGAGGAAUUCACAAAGUUAAUGAAAACACCCCUGGCAUUCCCAGAGCAUGGUUCAGAUCAAACGGAAUCAACAGCAGAUAAAGAGCUUUGGCCAGUGUACAUAGAGUUAACCAACGGGAAGGUGUAUGGCUGUGAUUUCAUUGUUAGUGCAACCGGAGUUAUCCCAAACACUGAGCCUUUUGUCAGUGGUAACAAUCUUGAAGUAGCUGAAGAUUGUGGCCUUAAAGUCAAUGAACACAUGCGCACCUCGGAGCCUGAUGUCUAUGCAGCUGGAGAUGUGUGCACCACUGCAUGGGAGCCCAGCUCUCUGUGGCAGCAGAUGAGGUUGUGGACACAAGCCCGGCAGAUGGGGUGGUAUGCAGCAAAGUGCAUGGCAGCAGAUACACUGGGAGAGUCUAUUGAGAUGGACUUCUGCUUUGAGCUCUUUGCGCACAUCACUAAGUUUUUCAAUCAUAAGGUGGUCUUACUGGGAAAGUACAAUGCUCAGGGCCUGGGCAGCGAUCACCAGCUGCUUCUGCGAUGCACUAAAGGGCAUGAAUACGUGAAGGUGGUCAUGCAGAAUGGGAGGAUGAUGGGCGCUGUGCUCAUUGGGGAAACAGACCUGGAGGAAACAUUUGAAAACCUGAUCCUGAACCAGAUGGACCUGUCUGCGUACGGGGAGGACCUUCUGAACCCCAAUAUCGAUAUAGAGGACUACUUCGAUUAGUGAUGAGCAGAAAUGAAUAUCCGUGGAAGACAGACGGUGCUCAAGGGACACUGUGGAAACUGGUGUGCGAUUCAGCGUUCAAAGAAGCCUCUUUUUAUU